UUUCCUCUCAGCGGCGAAACUCUGUAGUAUAACAGUAGGGGUUGUCUCAAUGUUUGUUGUUAUACAAAAUACAAAAAAGUUUCUAAGUGUUGUUGUUAGUUUUAUAAAAUUGGCGAAGAAUAUUAAAGGACGAAAAACGUACGUUUGCUUCAGAGAAGAGAAGAGAAGAGGCGAAUCUGAUUCGAUUUUUUUUCUAUUUUUCGUUGUUGUGCCCUUUGAACCAAACUCCGGCUGCCUCUUCCUCCCCUUCCCAAUUUCUCUCUCUAAGUCUUUUUCUGCAAUUCAGGUGCUUUGCUUCCCUCAUUGGUGAGAUCUUGUUUUCUCUGAAACUGAUUGCAUUAGUACAGUCUCUCUCGCUCUCUUAUGGCGGCUAACAAGGCAAAGCAGAGACCGGCGAAGCUCUCUGUCUACCUUUACAUUCCCAAUAUCGUUGGGUACAUGAGAGUUCUCUUGAACUGCAUUGCCUUUGCUGUGUGCUUCUCCAACAAGACACUCUUCUCCCUCUUGUACUUUUUCAGUUUUUGUUGUGAUGCUGUCGAUGGAUGGUGCGCUCGUAAAUUCAACCAAGUCUCUACAUUUGGAGCUGUCUUGGACAUGGUUACAGAUAGAGUCAGCACAGCCUGUCUUCUCGUGAUUCUCUCCCAAAUAUACAGGCCUAGCUUGGUUUUCCUGUCAUUGCUGGCUUUAGAUAUCGCUAGUCACUGGCUGCAAAUGUAUAGUACAUUUCUAUCAGGGAAGACCAGCCAUAAGGAUGUGAAAGAUAGCACAAGCUGGCUCUUUAGACUCUACUACGGAAACCGCAUGUUCAUGGGUUAUUGCUGUGUUUCCUGCGAGGUUCUCUAUAUAAUCCUUCUUCUCAUAGCAAAGAACCAAACGGAAAACCUGAUGGACGUGGUAGUUGAAUUAUUGACGCAGAUUUCACCACUCUCUAUACUCUUGGCUUUGAGCAUAUUUGGUUGGUUGAUCAAGCAGAUCAUCAAUGUGAUUCAGAUGAAAACGGCUGCAGAUGUUUGUGUUCUGUAUGACAUAGAGAAACAGCAUAAGGCCUAACGUUACGUUUUUGUUGUGCUCUUUGAAUCUGGUGUGUUAAACUCUUUUGUUUAUUGUUGUGUACGAGACUGUGUACAUACGAAGCUAUCUUGUUUAGUGGUGGAUGUAGACAAAAAACUCUAGUCUUUGUUUUCUAUGAGAUAUUUGAUUGCAACCUUGUUUGUUCUCAGAA